ACUGAAUUUCAAAAAUAUUUUUCAACUUUGAUGGGCCAUAACUUUCAUAAUACUCAAAAGAACGACUUCAAACCUGUUGAGUUGUGUUAUUCGAAUUAAAAUGUUAUUAUUUCACUGAAUCAAUAACUGCAAUUCUCUUUUAAAAAAGUCAUGCAUUAAAGGAAAGGGUUAAGUUUGGAUAUUUUCGAGGUUCAGUGUAACGAACUGCUAUACCUCCUUCCCCCUAAAAGCGUUACGUAAUAUUUGAAUGGUCCCAAUAAACAGUUUCAAUUCAAGAUGUUAAAUGAAAGUAUUUGCUCAAGUUUAUACAAAGUUUUUCCAGUACUACAAAAUAAGUUGGAAGUGACACCCGUUUCCGAUCAUGAAAUCUCCCACUUGUCGAUUCAGCUGGAGCAGCUCAACUCGGUCACCAUCAUCUACGAAACGAUGUUCUUCAAGCUGGACCGGCUUCUGAGACAUGAAACGGUGCCGAAAUUUUGGCGCAACUUCGAAAGCUCCGGUGAGGCGGAUGGCGACAUCCGAACAGCUGGCCAGGCCGAUUGCAACCGAAAGUUUUUCCGCUUCCAGCAAGCGGUCCGAGAACUGUACGAAGACUUUGGACGCUACCACCUGCAGCUGAAGAGGUUGGAAAAGUUUCGCCAGGGUGUCCCGUUACCGGUCGAUAUCGUCAAAAAACCAUCCGAUAUGAGCGAGUUCUUUCGGAUGUUCCGGUGCGCAUUGCUCUCCCAAUUGCCAACUGAUUUCAACGAAUUGGUUUACGAGUUUUACUCGAUAGCGUUUAAAGUAUUCGCUUUGAGCCAUGCCGAGAGUGAUGACUUCAUGGAUGUGCCAGACGCAUUCCAGUGCUCAGCCUGUGGCCUGGAAUCCAACAGUUGCCAAUGCCAAAGCUUAGCAAAUGCCUUCACCAGUACAAAUCGUCAUCUGACGGCGAUGGGUCUGCUGGAUAAGAUUGCUGGCUUCACUCUUACCACACUCAUUCAAGAACGGAUCGAUGCCAAGAUAGCAGAAACUAAGGAAAAUUUUUCCGUUUCCCAUUUAGAAGCGCUUGAACGUUGGUUGAGCACGGUGGUACUGCAAUGGUUGACCCGCAUCUACAAUCGUGGAUCGCUGACGAUUCCACCAGCGCAAAAGAAAAUUGAACAAGCCAUCAAAAAUUUUCAAACCAAACUAAGUUUUUACUUGUACGAGAACUACGCCAAUACAAUUAUCGACCAAUUUUUCGUGAUAAUUAUAGACUUUCCCAUGUCUCAAGCAGCAAUCGAUGAUUUGAAAACUUGUCUGGAAAAGAUAGAUUUGCGAAGUCAUUUGGUGAAAACCGUAAAACAUACGUUGGAGAGUAAACUAUUGCAUCCGGGGGUUGAUACUCCGGAUAUUCUAACCGGAUAUGUAGCAGCUAUCAAGGCACUAAGACAUCUCGACUCGACAGGAGUUUUGCUGCAAACGAUCACAGAACCUGUAAAAGAAUACCUCCGAGGUCGACCCGAUACGGUACGCUGCGUAGUUACAGGUUUGACCGAAGAAGGUUGUUCAGACCUGUCGGAGGAGUUGGCUAAAAGUGAACAUAUCAAAACGAAAGACAAUGUAAACGAAAAGUUAGAUCAAACAGAUUGGGAAAAUUGGAAUCCUGAUCCGGUUAAUGCUGACGCUAUCGUGAUCAAAGAUACGCGUUCCGGUCGACCGUCGGAUAUUAUUUCUAUGGUUGUAGACAUUUAUGGCAGUAAGGAGUUGUUUGUAAACGAAUAUCGCAAUCUCCUGGCCGAAAGAUUAUUGUCACAGUUGGAUGCAAAUCCCGAGAAAGAAAUUCGUAAUUUAGAACUUUUGAAACUGCGUUUUGGUGAAACGAUGCUGCACAGCUGUGAAGUAAUGCUGAAAGACAUCACCGACUCGAAACGUAUUAACUCUCAUAUCCUAUCAACUGAAUCGGGUUUCCCUAUGGAACGACCUUUCGAUAUGACAGCCUUGAUAGUUUCUUCGCAGUUUUGGCCAACUUUUAAAAAAGAAACGAUGGACCUGCCGCCCGUAAUAAAGGACAUGUUCGAUCAUUACACCAAGGCUUUCGAGGUGUACAAAGGUAACAGAACGCUUCAUUGGACUCCUUUGAAUGGAAAAGUCAUAAUCGAGCUAGAAUUGGAUGGAAAAACAACAGAAAUGCAAGUAACUCCGGCUCAAGCCACCAUCGCUAUUUACUUCAGCGAGCAACAGGAAUGGGAGUUAGAAAAACUAGGCCAAAAGAUGAACAUGCCACCAUCGGUAUUGCGAAAGCGAUUAGUAUUUUGGCAAACGCAAGGACUGAUACGUGAAACGCGAGAAAAUCUAUUCAUUCUUAACGACCGCAGCAGUAAAGCGGAAGCAACUGAAGAGUUACAAGCCCCAGCACCGGAUAUAUGUGAGGAUGAAGAAGCUGAAAGUGCGAUGGAAUCGGCCAGCGAUCAACGAGAGGAAGAGCUGCAAGUUUUCUGGUCCUACAUUGAAGCCAUGUUGACAAACUUAGAUUCUCUUCCAUUGGAUCGUAUUCAUCAGAUGUUAAAGAUGUUUGCUUCCCAGGUUGAUUUCUCGCAGGAAGAACUCAAAAACAUUUUGCAGCGAAAAGUAAGAGAACAUAAAUUAGUAUAUGCUGGCGGAGUUUAUCAGCUGCCAAAAGCUUAA